AUGAUGCUUAAAGCCGUCGUCCUCCUGGCCAUCGUGGCUUUCGCCGCCGCCGUCCCAGGCACCAAAUACUAUCCAGCCCCAGACGGCAGUGGAAGAAUCCUUUACUUCCCCAACGGCUACGUGAGCGGCAACUACGCAGGAGGUAUCCCAGUGUCUGGCUAUGGUGCUCUCCCAGCCUCCAGACCAGUCGUCGCUCCACGCAGAAGCUAUGUCCGCCCCAGCUAUUCCGGCUAUGGUUACGGCAGACGCAGCUACGGUUACCGUCGUGGUGGACUUUACGGCUUGUACGGACGUCGCAGCUACGGUGGAUAUUAUUAA